UAUCAAGUGACUACAGUCUCACACUGACCAUCACAACCAAAAAGCCAACAGCAGCAAUGGCCAACAACACAGGCCUCAAGAUCGUCUUCGGCGCCAUGACAUUUGGCAAGCCCAACACCCUUGGGGCGCGCGUCUUCGACAACGCAACAGCAUCGACCAUCCUAGACACCUUCCAAGGGCACAACCACCGCGAAAUCGACACCGCGCGAAUCUACGGCCACGGCUCCUCGGAGGAAUUGCUCGCCGCCCUCGACUGGCAAUCCCGCGGCCUGACCAUGGCCACAAAGCUGUACCCGAACGCGGGCAGCCAUUUCCCGAGCGUGGGGACCUACACGCACAAACCGGAGGACGUCCGGCGGGGCCUGCUUGACAGCCUGCGCGCCCUGGACAGCCCGACGAUCGACCUGUUCUACCUGCACGGGCCGGACCGCACCGUGCCCUUUGAGGAGACCCUGCGUGAGGUCAACAGCCUCCACGAGGAAGGCCGCUUCGCGCGUUUCGGCCUCAGCAACUUCAUGGCUUGGGAGGUGGCGCAGAUCUGCGAGAUCUGCGCGCGCCACGGCUGGAUCCGCCCGACGGUCUACCAGGGUGUGUACCAUGCACUGCAGCGCAGCGUGGAGGCGGAGCUUGUCCCGUGUCUGCGGAAGUACGACAUCGCGCUGUACGCGUUCCAGCCCCUGGCCGGCGGGUUCCUGACGGGGCGGUACACGCGCCAGCAGACCGAGUUCGAGGCCGGGUCGCGGUUCGAUCCGGCGAUCGUGCAGGGCGCGGUCUCGCGGGGCCGGUACUGGAAUGAUACGUAUUUUGAUGCCCUGGAGAAGAUCCAGGAGGUGUGUGGGCGGUCGGGGCUGACGGUGGCUGAGGUGGCGCUGCGGUGGUUGAAGUAUCAUUCCGAGUUGCGGGCGGAGCUCGGGGAUGCGAUUAUUGUCGGGGCGAGCAGUGUGCGGCAUCUGGAGGAGAAUCUGGUGGAUCUGGAGAAGGAGCCUUUGCCGGAGGAGGUGGUCAAGGUGCUGGAGGAGGCGUGGGGGUUGAUUAAGGGGGUUGCGCCGAAGUAUUGGCACUGAUCUUGAGGUUGGGGUUUAUGUUCAUUACGCGUUGGGAUAGCGUUGUGUAGCAUUUCAUAGCGAAGGAAGUAUUGUUCAUUAUGUUACAACAGGAAAGACUUCAUCAACAAUGAUAUUCCAUCCGAUACAGC